AGAUUAAUCGAUUGCUAGGGGUGAUCGAUAUAUGUGGCAACAAUAUUCACUCGCAUCACCAUCUCUAAUCCUCCAUCUUUUUGUCACGAUGCCUCCCAAGAAGCAACCUGAGAAAUCCGGGUCCUCCGGAUCUAAGCCUGCCGAAAAAAAACCGGCAACUGCGAAAACUCCGGCUGCUGCACCAAAGGCCGCAUCUACCUCUGCUGCUGCUGCUGCCCCAAAACCCGCGACUGCCAAAACACCAGCUCCAGCACCUAAAGCAGCGGCCCCUAAAGCUGCUCCGGCGCCCAAGCCUGCCUCUGCGCCUGCAGCUGCUAAGCCAGCAGCGGCACCUGCUGCGAAGGCGGCUUCCGCCCCCGCGGCCAAACCUGCAGAAAAGAAGGCUGCCUCGGCUGUGCCUACAGCAAAACCAGGCUCAGCUAAAGCUGCUGCCCUUAAGGCUAAGUCAAGUGCGAAGCCUUCGGCCAAGAAAGCUGCAGCAGCUGCUAAGCCAUCCAAGCCUAAACCUGCUGCUGCCAAACUAAAAAUUGCCCCUAAGCCUAAGAAGACCGGUAUCAAGGGGCAAAAGAAACAGGUUGUGAAGCCUGUUGCAAAAGCUCUAAAAGCACAAAGGAAGGUUGUAAAGGGUGAACAUGGCAAGAGGGUGCGCAAGAUCCGUACUUCGGUACACUUCCGCAGGCCAAAAACCUUUGAACCUCCUCGGCAUCCAAAAUACCCAAGGAAAUCUCUUCCUAAGCGUAAUCGCAUGGAUGCCUACAACAUCAUUAAGUACCCCCUCACUUCUGAAGCAGCAAUGAAGAAAAUUGAGGACAACAAUACCUUGGUAUUCAUUGUGCACACAAGUUCUAACAAACACCACAUCAAAGCCGCCGUGAAGAAACUUUACGACAUUAAUGUUGCAAAAGUUAACACUCUUAUCAGGCCCGACGGCAAGAAGAAGGCGUAUGUACGACUCGCCAGAGACUAUGAUGCGCUAGAUGUUGCCAACAAGAUCGGCAUCAUAUAAACAUUCUACUUUAUAUUUGUAAGAAUAAAAAUCUACAAAACUAAA